AUGAUUAAGUUUAUCUUUAAGUUUACUAAGGAAUGGCUGGGUGCUAAAGAAGUUAAUACUUAUAUUCUACCUAAAAUCAUCUUUAAUCCUUUAUUAGUGCUUAGUCUAUAUAUCUUCUUGUUAGGUCUACUCUUUGUAGAUUGUGUAUUUAACUAUGUUAAGGGUGAGGAAAUUCUGGUUUCUAUAAGCUAG